CAAGUUUUAGUUCUCCUUGCUUGUCCUCCCAUCAGCCAACUAUAUCCCUCCCUCUUCUCUUUCCUACAUCUUUUCUUCACUUUGACAAUAGAACUUAAAUCUUGCUUAAGCUCAGAAUUUUGGAAGUUCGAGUGAAGCCCGAUUGAUAGAGUAUAUAACUCGUCAUCGACAUCAAUUCUAUUAAUCAUCUGAGAAAAGUUUUGGAAGCUGUGGCAUAGUUGAUAAUCAUCUCAAGCAAGUGCUGGUGUUGGAAGCUCAGGAAUCAAGAAAUUAAUUCGCUGAAUGCCAUAAAUGUCAACUAAAAGUGCAACUACUUUAGCUGAAGAGUUCAAUUGUGAAGCGAUGGUUGAAGAUUCUGAUGUCAAUGCAAAAUUAAAGAGCGAUAGAAAUGAGGAUGAUACAGCACAGACAUCACCAGACUCUUCACUGAAUAUCUCAUCCAUUGAUUUGAAUGAAGAAGCAAGCAGCAAUGUAGAUGAGGAAACCAGUAGUGAGGUUCCUGACUUGAGUCUUGUGGAUUGCGAGAAAUCAAGCGAAGGAAACUCAGAAAAUUAUUGUACAUCUGUCGAACGAAAUGAGAAAAAGGUUCGUCAAUAUAAUCGAUCUAAACUGCCGAGGCUCAGAUGGACACCUGAUCUCCAUCUCUCUUUUGUGCAUGCAAUUGAAAGAUUAGGUGGUCAAGAAAGAGCAACUCCAAAACUGGUGCUUCAAUUAAUGAACGUUCGAGGACUAAGCAUUGCUCAUGUAAAAAGUCACUUGCAGAUGUAUCGUAGCAAGAAACUCGAUGAAUCUGGACAAGUAAUAGGUCUAGCUAAAAGAGGGAUGCAAGGAAAAGGUCCCUUUUCAGGGCGAAUGGACCAAAUGUGUAGCCCUGUUGAGCAGUUCAGAUACCAGAAUGGUGCAAUUGUUGUAGCCUCCAACCCCAAUGGGGGAAACAACAUUGUUAAUAUUCUUAGUAAUGCAUCACUCCAAUCUCCUUAUGAGACUAAAUCUCUCUCUUCGAGAUUCCAGCAGUGGUCUUACUAUCAAGAUAGUAUGAUGAAAAGUCAAGGCAAGUCUUGCAAUUCAAGCAUAUUUCAUGCCAUGCAUGGAGCCACAAGAAAUGGUCCCAUUAGACCUAGCAGUUUUCUUGAAGAAAAAAGAUGGCCACCACGUGAAUUCAGUUCACAUCACUUGAAAGAGAAAAGGGUCGACCCUACAGCUAGCAAAUGGGCCAAUGCUCCUUUUCAACCACUCUAUAAUCAAUUUCAUCAACCGGAAAAUUCAGCCGGGGCAACCUACUUCAUGCAGCGAGCUAACUGGAAUCGUAGGGAUAGCUUGACAGCUGAAAGGGUUGAAACGAACGGAAAUAAUCCUGCCAACAUCUUGAAAAUUGAGUCCCCGUACAGGCAUCAGAUGAUGAAUGAGCAUAAGAUCCUGGAUGGCAAAGAGUGGUCGCCUGAUUUACAACUCAGUUUAAGCCGAAGUCUUGGGAGCUACAAGGACAUGGCGCAAAAUAAGGGUGAAUCGGAUGUCAACACAAGGCUUUCUCUUUCUCUCUGAAACCUUGAUCCCUCAGUGCAAUCUAGCUUGUAAAAUGCACAGACACUAGCAAAGGAGAUGAUGUACACAGUAUACUCACAGAAACUAUUGGUAAACACCUAGAUAGAUUGGGUUUACGGCCUUACUUGCGAUUCAUGUGGUAUAUUCAAGAGACUCUCCAUACAUACUUUUUCCACAUUCUCGUACAUCAUCGCCAUGAUCAUGUGAUUCUUGACUAUACCACACGAUUUACAAGUAGACCUUUAAACUGAGUCUAUCUAAAUGUUUUUCCAAACUGGUGGUCUUGGCUAGAAGGAGACUGAGUACUUGAGGUCUCACUCGCACACUUAGCUUAGGGUGUGAGAUCUUCUAGUGGUACUUGUGUCGGAUAGCCUUUAUAACUUUAGACGAAGAACUUCUGUACGGCUUCUCUUUUGAGCUCCAUCCUCUCUCUCUCUCUCUCUCUCUCUCUCUCUCUCUGGAAGGCCGUUUAAUAUGUUGAAUCAAAAUAAAAGCCAUAUAGUGGUUGUCAUCACUUGCCUAA